CAAGUGCACAAUGGACAAUUAAGGAGUAUUAGUACUAAAAGAAAAACCCAUGCUGAUUGGCUUGUUUGACUGGUUUGCAUUAGCAGCAGGUGUACAGUAGGCUGAGGUUGCUGCCUGUACUUUGUUUCUUACAUCAUACGCUGAUGAGUCAGAGGGACGGACAAACAAGGACCAGGAAAAAGCUGGUGUAACCCAGAGUCACCUCAGCCUCAGCCUCAGCAAGAAAACAUAUUCAGAGAAGGAAGGCUUCUCACAAAACCAGACCGAGGAGGAAGUUGAGAGAUGACUGAGGACUUGGAGGAGCAGGAAGACGAGCUGCUCGCUCUCCAGAGUAUCUUUGAUGCGGACGAGUUUGUUCGGGACGAGUCGAAGUCUGCCGGAGAAAUCCGAGUAUGUGUCGAGCUUCCUGCCGGCUUCAGCGUGGCUCUCAGAGAGGGUGAAAGUCUGCGUCAGUAUGAUAUUUCUUUCCUUCCACCGCUGCUUUUGAACUUUGGACUUCCUGGGGACUACCCCUCCUCCUCCCCUCCCUCCUUCAGCCUCACCUGCAGCUGGCUGACUCGCACACAGUUGGCUGCACUGCGUGCUCAUCUCGCUGAUCUCUAUGAGGCCACUGGGGGCGCUGUGGUGCUCUUUUCCUGGGUGCAGUUUCUCAGAGAAGACGCUCUGAGGUUCCUGAACAUCCACAGUAAGCUGGAUCUUCCUCCUGAUGAACGCAGCACCCUGCAUUAUAACCAGGACCAACACGAUGCUGAACCCUCAGGACCAAAGAACAAUUCAGAGCCAGAGUUCUCUGUACCAUCCUCGGAAGUUCAGGAGAAUCCUUCUGACGGGAGCCGCACAGACUCUCAGGGAGCUUCGGCUUUAGACUCCUGCAAGCAUGACCAGAAGGAUUUGAACUCUCACCAGAACCAGAGUGAUCUAACCUCAGAUUAUCAAAGAGCUCUUUCUCCAGAGCCUGCACUCCAAAACCAAACUGCACACACUCCAGAUGUGACAAUCCUCCAAGCCUCAGAGUUUAAGGUUGAUCCCCAGGAUGAUCUUUCUUCAUCUGCAGAGAAAUCCAAGCAUCAUCAAAGUGUCCGGGGACAUUUCUUAAAUGAAGGAGAUGCUUCUCUCUCAUCGCUGCUUCCCUCUACCUCCUCAGGCACGUUAGAUCCAAGUGAACUUGGAGCUGCUUCUCUGCCGGUCCACCCCACAGAUUCUCCUCAGAGUGAAGAGCAAACCCUCUCUGGUCUCUUUUUAACUCCAUCACAGACUCUGCUGUCACACAUUUUGAUCUAUAAUGCGGCCCAGAAACAGAAAGUGUUUGCCACCACCGUCUUUGACUGCGGGGUUUGUUUUAUGGGCCGACUCGGGUCCGAGUGCGUGAAGCUGUCACCGUGUGGCCACGUCUUCUGCCGGGCCUGUCUCUGCGAGUUCUGUACAGUUCAGAUCACAGAGGGGAACGUCCGGGGUGUCACCUGUCCUCAGGCAGACUGCGCUGGUGCUCCUACACCUGCACAGGUGCAGAGUCUGGUAGGGGAGAAGCUGUUUGACCGCUAUGACCGUCUCUUGCUGCAGAACACUCUGGACAGCAUGUCUGAUGUGACGUACUGUCCUCGAACAUCCUGUGGCUCUGCUGUGAUUUUGGAGAAGUCCAGCAAGGCAGCGCUUUGCUCUGAGUGUGGCUUUGCCUUCUGCGUCACCUGCAGAAAAACCUACCAUGGAACGGGGAAGUGUGAGACCAAGAAAAAAUACCCUGAAAGAUAUAUAAUAGACCUGCCACAGUCACAAGAGGGGAUGAAGGCUCUCAUGAAGGACUAUGCCAGUGGCAGCAGGGAGAGGAAGCGCCUGCUGGAAAACAGAUAUGGCUGCAAUUUACUGGUGUCCAUUACAGAAAACAAACUAAGCGACAACUGGAUUGCCAACAAUACCAAGAGCUGUCCUGAAUGCUUCACUAGAAUAGAGAAGGAUGGAGGGUGUGACCAGAUGUUGUGCACUCGCUGUAAGAGGAUUUUCUGGUGGGACAGACUGACUCCAGAAAACACAACCGAACAGUUUUAUGGGGGUCAAUGUUCUUCCAACUAAUUCUAGUAAUCAGCACCACAUACUGUCUCAUAAUCAGCAGGGGGCAACAAAAGCAACAAUGACAGGAAGGAAUAACCAAACCUUUGGUUCCUUAGAAAACACAAAGUGCUGUAAAUUAACAAAGAUUGCCCUGUUUGGCUGUUUUAUUUGCCUUAGACCACAAUAAAUCACUUACACGAAAGGUGUAUGUUCUAAUCAAUUACCAAUUAUUCCUUCAGUUAAUGGACAAAUUAUGUGGUCAGAAAACAGACACAUUUGCCAGAGUCCUAUUUUUUUUAAACCAACAGUUCAAAAACACAAGUUUCUUUUUCUACUGAUGAACCAAAUUAACUGAGCAAGUAUUUCCCAAACUGGUGAAUUCCUCUGCUUUUAGAUGUGUUUACUACUGUUUUGCUGCUGUUAAGUACUGUUAUGGCACAAAAGUGCUCUGUGCAGUCAUUCUCAGUGUAACGUUUGAACUCCGAGGGAAAAGACAGGUUCACACUGCCACAGAUAUAUGCAGGUGCAACAACUACAGGUAAAGCUUCUGACCUUGACGUGCAUGUUUCAUUUCAAUUCCAGCAGCAGCCUACAGGUAGAUCCUGAACAUCUGGCUUCUUUCCCCUUCCUCCACUGCCCUGUGAUGACAGUGGAACAAAGACGCCAGCAUGUUUGAUUUUCUUGUCUGUCCAGGGAAAAUCCUACUUCCUCAUCACUUCCUCAUAAAUGUCUAAACAGCAGUUUGCCUUUAUAACCCACUGAAGAAGACUGCACAAUGCAAGAAUAGUAAUUGUAAUAAUUAUAUCAGUUACACCUUCAUUUUUCCUGCUAGCACAAACAAAAUACAUGCUUUAUUUAUUUAUUUAUUUAUUUUUUUAAAAAGGCACAUUUACUUCCUCUCCAGACUGGAGCCACUGUAGCUCCACAAAUGCAGACUCAUCCUUUAGUUAGAACACCUUGAAACAUGGCUCCAUCACCUCCCCUUCAACCCCAACUGGUCACAGCAGAUGACUUAUUCUUCAGAACCUGGUUCUGCUGGAGGAUUCUUCCUGUCAAAGGGGAGUUCUUCCUUCCCACUGUUGCCAGGUGCAUGCUCAUGGGCGUUCAUCUGAUUGUUGGGAUUUUCUCUGUAGGAUCAUUAACUUAUGAUAUAAUACACCAUGAGGUGAGUGUUGUAGUGGUUUGGCACCAUAUCAAUAAAACUGAGUAAGUUGGAAAUGACUUUGAAAUUUCCAGUAAAUUUAUACUGACACAUACAAUUCUUAGACAGAAUUCUUAGAUAAAGAAGCAUGAAUUUACAGAAAAUAAAAACUACUGAUAAUGGUAGUGAUAACCGUCAACCUGACUUCUUGACUAUACUCAGUAUAUUUUUUUAUAAGUUUUCACUGCAAGAUUUGACUGAAGAAAACACCUGCAAUGCAUUUUCUAAAGGUGUUGGCAUUUCAUACCAGAACAAACAGCUGUCUUUGGUUUAGGUGACUUGUUUUCAUGGUUUUAGGAUGUUUCCUGAAUCUACAUAGGUUUGAAGGUGGUAGUUUUAUAUGCCCUCAUCUUUUCACUUGAACAUAUCCUAGCUUAGCAAAUUAGGAACAAACUUACCGUGGCCAUGUACUCCAAGACAUGAACCAUCCUGUGAAAACACACAAAUGUAAUGUAUUAAAACCUCGUGUAGCUGAUGUGGUCUUUUAAAACAAAACAAAGCAAAACCUGAAAAUGAAUUUGCCUUUCAUUCUUCUUCACCAUUUGUAACAAUGUAAAAAUGGGAGAAAAAAACAAGCCCACAUACUGGUUCUCAGGUCAAAAACACAGAUUUUUCAAUUUCCUCUCAAGACUUGCACAGAUUUGCUUUGCUUGGCACCUAAAAUGUGAAAUUCAAAAUAACACAACAGUUUAUUUCAAUAUUAUUUAAGCACCUUUAAAAAGAAGAUUACCAUAGUGGACCAGGUGGUAAAGCCAAAAACUGCAGUUCCUCUAAUGACCACUUGAGGCUGGUCCCAAAAGCGAGUCAGUCCUCACAGACGCCUAUAUUAAAAAUGUCAAACUUAAGAAGAGGAAAACCCCCCAAAACAAAACAAACAAGAGAACAAACAAACAAACAAAAAACAAAAAAAACACAUUUACCAAAAAUAUCAGUCUCUGUGUGAAUCACUUAUUUGAAUAAUAAAAUGAUGUUUAGAGAACAAUUGAUGAUAUAGAGAAUUUGUGAAAUGCUGAUUUAGUUUUGGAUGAAUAGAGCAUGUAAAUAUGUUCUUUCUUUCCAGCAUCUGUUGACAGUGCCCAGAAAAGUGAUGUGUCAAAAACCCAAAGAAGUCCCAGGACUUUGUCUGCCAUCUUGAAAUCCAGAACAGUCCCCAGGCCACUGAGUGUCCAGUUCAAAUCCCAAACAGAACUAACGCUGUUGAGCAAGGCAGAGAAAACGCUGGAGAGCCAAAUCCAACUCAAUCUGAGGGAAAACUACAGCCAGAACUGAUGGAUUAAAAUUUCUGUUUCAUUAUGUCUAAUAUUGACUACAUAAUUUAACAGAACACUCCUCUUAGAUCACUGUAUGUGGUUGAAUGGUGUUGGCAGCAUUAGUGCCAUAAUAUUUCUCAUAUUUAUAGCUGUCAGAUUAUAGUAUCAGAUAACAUAACAGUCUGUUAUUAUUUUUUUCACAUUCCUAUGAUAUUCCUCAGCUGACUGUGAGAAAUGUAAAUUAUGAAAAAAUGUUAUCUUGUCCUUUUCGGCGCUUUCACUGCAUUAUGUGGCCUUCAUUAAAAAUUGAGACUUUA